AUUCAAACAACACAAUCCACGCAGCCUCAUGCUCGUUCAUCGAAAACAGUAAUCUUUCCCCCCUUUUUUUCGCUAAUCGGAUACGAUAGCGCCCUGUGAAAUAGUGGCAGAUGUUUCGUGAUGUACAAGAAGUUGCUGUCUUAGGAGCAGGACUGAUGGGAACAUGUAUUGCAGGUAUAUUUACCAGCGGGUAAACUAUAGCUGAAACUGACAUUUUGCCGUCACAGUGAUUGAACGUUCGACAACGACAACAACAAUCUGUAUUUGUACUUUACUUGCCUUUUCUUGAUAUAUUUAUUUUUUUGAAUGAGAGUACUAGCAGCCUGGAAUAAAACUUCUAGAGUAAAAAAUGCAUAAACAUCUUUUCCAACAAAUAGACGUACUCUUCUGCCCCAGCGGGAGGGAGUGGGGCGGGGCAGGGGCCGGGGGGUGCUGGGGUCAGGGGUUUUGGACUCCUAUACACAAUACACUGCUUCCAUAUUCAGUUGGAUGUAUGGGCAUUUGCAAGUUUGGUUAAAUAGUGUGCAAAUUUAACUAGUUGUGUGCAUGCUUUGGCUCACAUGUUCAUGUACACUGUUAGACCCCGUCCACACGAAGACGAUUGUAAACGCAAACGCUAGUAAACGCAAACUUUUUAUGCAUUUAGGCCUUCUGUCCACACGAAGACGAUGAAAACGAUCACCGUAAACGCAUAAAUUCGAAAACGCUCUCCAAAGUGGAUAAAUUUGAAACCGCCGUUUAUGCGUCUUCGUGUGGACGGCCGUAAACAUAUAUUUUCGUAAAUGCUGUGAAAACGCUGACGUCAGAUGUCAGCGCCAGUCUCUUUUAUCGAGUGCGUUUCCAAGAUGGCGUACACACAAGUGUUGAGCUGUGUCAUGCUUGCGCUUAUUUCAAGCAUAAUUGCGAGCAUUCAAUUGAAUCAUGCAAUAAUCGAUAUACAGGAAAACUACAAAAGACUAAACCUCUCAAGAUUGUUAUCCACAACUACAAGCACUUUUACUGGAGUAAAACGACUUAGAUGCAGACGUGAGAGCAAAGAGAGAAGAUUCUGGACCAGACCAGGUCGUACAAACACCUGGUGGAACAAUUUUGCUGAUCAAGUGGUGAUACCAGAAGAGUGGAAAGAGAACUUUCGAAUGAACAGAGACUCGCUAUAUAAUCUAGCUGAAGAACUGAGACCAUGCGCGUUCGGUGUAUGACAUUGUUUUAUGCUUUUACGAGCGUUUUCGUGUGGACGGGUUAAAACGCUACGUAAACGAUGAUCGUUUUGGUGUGGACAGAGAUAAAAAUAUGCGUUUACUAGCGUUUGCGUUUACAAUCGUCUUCAUGUGGACGGGGCCUUAGUUAAUAUGCAGUGAGGACAUUGACGUCUCAUACAUGUACGCCAAAAAUAACAGCCAGAAGAUGAUCCUGUCUCUCACUAUUUUAGUGGUCUGGGUGUUAUAAGUCAUAUAUAUUUGAAGAAUGAAAACAAAAACUUAAAAAUCUGUUCCACACAAGUGUUCUAUCAAGCGAAAAACCAAACCUCUGGCUUCUAUUCAUGAUGUCUGGGAUGUAACUUGAAUGGCAAGAGCCUGGGUGUUAUCAUUUUUAUUUUGGUUUGCUGUUGAUGAAAGCCUUUGUCAGAUACUUGAGUCUCUUGAAUAAGUGCUGCCCUAAAGAGCAAAAGAAGGUGAGUGUUCCAAAUUAAUGAAGCAGGCAAUGGCUGCUGGUGUUGUUUUGUCUUGUACAGGUGAGCUAGCAUACCACGGUCAUCGAGUUAAGGUGUAUGACAGAAGUAGACAAGCUCUGGACCAUGCUCACAAUGUACUGGGAGAACACAAAGAGAAGCUUAGGAGAGAAGAGCUGAUGAUCACUUGCAACUUUGUUGUGAGUAGUUUAUUAUGAUAGCAUAAGGGAGUUACUACACCACAUGCGAGUUCCAACACCAAAUGGUGAUCUAUACACAUUUUGGAUGGUCAGUAAAUCCUCAAACAAAUUUUCAAGUUAUGGCGGUGCAAUAAUAAUAUUAUAUAGUUAUAGGGUAAUACAUACUGUAGAAGUACAUUGUAUGCCAUGAAUUUGUGGACUCAAGAUGGAUUUUGUUUAUUGAACUUGUUUUUAGGGUACAGUGACUUUUACUGAGGACCUUGAAAAUGCUGUUAGGAAUGCUAGCUUCAUCUUUGAAGCUGUUUUUGAAGAUCUUGCUGUUAAGCAAAACCUGUUUGAAAGUAGGUAAUUUGAUAAUGUCAGCCCCUAUCCCAGGUUCACAUUGAUUCUAUGGAUGUGUAGUAGUAUAUUAGUAAAUAUAAGAGCAAGGAGUUUAAAAUGAUAUUUAACAAUUAAUGAAUGAGGCUGAGUAUCUUAUGAAGAUUAAAUGGAGAUCGAGGAGGGUGUUAUCCGUCGAGGACGUAGGCCAAGGUGGAUAACACCCCCCGAGAUCUCCAUUAUUCUUCAUAUGAUACGAAAGCCGAAUUCAAUAAUUGUUUUUUUAUUCAUUCAAAAUAAUUCCUAGUUUAAAAACAUAGCUCAAACAAGCUUACCUGCAUAGAUGUUAAGUUUAUCUUCGAUAGUUUACGUUUAGGUUUGUCCAGCUCUGCAAAUAAUAUUCUCCAAAUAGCAGAUGUCAACCUCCGAGUUGUGUCUUCUUGCUGUUUUUGCUAUCUUUUUAGCCAUUAUUUCACCUAGUUCCAGCUGUAGUUCUUACUCUUGAAACGAGUGAAGUGUCCGCCAUUUUAGUUUUUAAAACGAAAACAAUUCAAUCUCGUCCCCAGGUCUUCUCGGUUAACGGUGCAUUAACCUGUAGAUGGCUGCAUUUUUGACGUCAUUUCCUCAUUAAACACAAAAUUCUUCCAAAUUUGGUUCUCAUUAACUGGUUAUGGUGAAUUAUGUGUCUGCUUUUAGCCAAUCAGAAUUGGGGAAAUAGUUUGAAUGAAUAAUAAUAAUAACUAUUGAAUGAGGCUGAGUAUCAUCUGAAAAAUUAUGGAGAUUGAGGAGGGUAUUAUCCAUUAGAAUCUGUUAGCAGAUGUCGUCCCUCAAGUUGUCUUCUUGCUCUUCUUCCUUUUUUUGGCAAAUAAUUUGCCUACUAAGUAGGCAAAUUAUUUGCCAAACGAGUGAAAUGUUCCUCCAUUUUUUACUCACUACCAAAACAACUCAACCUUGUCCCCAGGUCUUCUAGGUUAACAGUUCAAUAAUCUGGCAAUUUGCUGCAUGAUUGAGGUCAUUAAUUUUUUUUCACAUAUCGCAAAAUUCUUGCAAUUUGGUCAGCAAUAGCUGGUUAUAUGAUGAAUUAUGUGUGUGAUUUUAGCCAGCGCAGAAAUGGAGAAAUAUUUUGAAUGAAUAAUUAAACCAUCAUUGUUUGUAGGUCUUGGCUUCUCAUAGCGACCAUGCCAAAAUAGCUCUAAUUGUAAAGUUAUACUUCAGUUGGUACUUAUAAGAAGUUAUAAUACUGCAAAUUAAAAACUUGUGUACCGUAGAUUAAAAACUCAUGUAUGAGCCACUUAGAGGUUAUCUAAUCAAAGAAGUCUAUCACUCAAAAGCACUACUGGCAAACAAGGUUUGGGAUUUGGCAUCUAACUUUGGAAGGCUGUAAAUAUCUGCUGACGCCAAAGGCUUAGAUGGAUAACACUCUGCCAGAUCUGUAUGUUGUUCAUAUCAUGCAAGAUCUUUAUGUGUAUUGUCCACCUCUAUAUUAGCUUGCGUAGGGGGCGCUAGUUUCUUUUUGAGCGAAGGAAGAAAUCUCGAGGGUGCACAAGGGGAGAAAUGGAGAGGGUGUUCCUGCAGCGGAGACCCUGGUUUUCCAUUUAUGCCCCCAAUUAAUAACGUGACAGUGCUGCAUUAACUGACAAGAAAUUACAAGCAGAUCGUCUAACGCAAACAACAUGAAACUGACAUCAGACCCAAAAGGAAGAAAAACCUCAUGUAUAAAGCAAACAAUGCAAUUUUAAAAUAAUACUUAUAGGGGCAGCCAAGCAGAAUGAACAAACAAACAGCCUUGCCUCAGUCCCAUUCAGUCCGAUUGUCAACAAAGGACGUCACUGUAUUUGUGUUGAACAAUGAUGGUGAUUUUAAUGAAAUUCAUUAAUCUGUUGUCCAUCUCCACAUAGCUGAUGCUUAUAUACGCUGUUAUAAGUUCCUUGCAGUAUUUCUUUUAAAAAGUCCAGUUUUUCCUCCAAAACACACAUGCUGAUAUUCCCGGCUGCUUGAUUCUGAAUUGUGCUUAUUGCAAAUAUGCGGAAAUAAUGGCAAUGCUUAUAAAGACGGUUCUGGCCCGCAUGCCGUCUUCACACCCCAAUACAAAUAACUGGAAAAUUAAACUUUCUCCGAACUCAGUUGGUAAUAGUGCCAAGAGAUUUUUGCUGAAAAAGACGGCGCAGUGCUCUUCAAAAAUGAAUAAACCGUAAUCAAAAAUCUGUUAAAGCAAAGCUCUUUAAAAAACCUCUUGCAAGUACAAUUCAAACAGUUUCUCAGCCGUGUGUCAUGCCGCUCGUGUGCUUUGUUUUCAAGACUUGAAUUUCCAUCUACUGACAAAUAGUACAUCGAGGUGACUAACUUCCAAGAGGCGUUCUUUGUCAAUGGCAUUCUACGCACUGUCAGAGAAUGUAGAAAAUGGAAAACUAGGGCCUUUGCUGUAGGUGCCUCCUCUUUCCUUUGCAUGUUCCACUUGCACCGCCUGUUAAAAAAAAACAUGACCAUCGCCUGCUACCCAGGCUACCUCCAUCUGUAUCUUCAAAAUAAUUUCCAAUUCAUCUGAAGUUUCAGGGUAUGUAUAUUUUCUCUAUCAGAAAUAUUUCAUAAUGGUUUCCUUACAAAACAGUUAACAUAAUUUGAGAGGCUAUUCUAUGUAUCACUAAGCAUUUGAGUCUCUGUGAAUUCCAACAUACCAUUUACAUUGGAUGACUUAUGUCAUUUGUCUAAUGAUUAUUUGUAUUGGACAACUGGUGUAGUUCUUUCAAUUUGGUCAGUGCAUGUUAGAAUGUUUUGAAAAAUAAAUCACGUAUUUAAUCCCAGUCAGAAACUGACAGCUGCUCUGAGUGACUUUUUACUGUCGUUAUGUGUACUUAACAAAAGGUGCAUCAAGAAUAUGCCGCCAGGAGGCCAUUAUUUCCAGCAACACCAUUCAACUUGACGUCAGUGAAAUUGCAUCAAAAGCCUGUAGCCCUGAGGUACUCAGCAUGCUGAUACACUGAUAAAUCCUGGUAUUGCAUUUAAUUAACUAGGUUGAUGAAAUAAUUGUCUCAAGCUGUAUCUAUGAUUGCCAUGUUUAAUUACAAAGUUCACAGGUGCCCCAGGCUUAUGAAAUUUGCUCAAAUUCUCCCUUCAUACUUGUAAUAACAUAUACAACUGUAGGGAGAAUUUUAACAUUUCACAAAACUUUGUGAGCAUUAACAACAAAUUGUAGCGUCGUAACUUUACCCCAUUCUGUAAUUUUAUAGUGUUAUCACUGAGCCUGGGUCACCUGUACAAUGUGCAGUGUUUAUCACUUUGCUGCUGACACUCUCUCAUUUUUUUCAAGCGCUGUUUGGGCAUCAGAUUUCUAUAUCCUGUAUAUUGUAUUGCUGAAGUGGAGAUAACUCUUGCCAAGCAAACCAAUCAAGAUUCCAUUCAAAAAGGUAUGUUUUUCUGUCAUAGUGUGGUAUUAGGAAUUUCAUAAUAAAUAAUGAUAGUAGGAUACAGUGGAGUCUAGAAUCCUAUUUCCAAAAACUUUCAUUUAAAAAUGAAGCUAAGUGCAAGAAUUUUGUUGUGAAAAUGAGUUUUAAUUGCCUGAGAAUUUAAAAAAUCAUUUCGUAUCAAUGGCUUGGCACUCAACCUCGCUUUGAAACAGAGGCUUGAGGUAACUGGGAAAUGGCCUAUUUUGUCUGUAAGCAUGAGAGUGUUUAAAGAUAUAAUUGACCUGAUUUGUCUAAUUGUAUCGUGAGUAUGACAGACAGAACUGCACUACCCAGGGGAAAGGAACUGUCCCUCUGAUGGUGUAUAUAGAGAGGCUUUGCAAGAGGGGGUUUGUUUUUCAGGAUUCAGGUAUAAAACAGGUAUAUGAGAACGGUUCAUGAGUUGAUUAUUAUAUAAAAGGGUGGGAACAUCUGUUCUGGAUCAAGAAGAAGAAUGAGGACACCACCCUGCGAUUAGGAAAGUAAAUAUUUUCCAACUCUCUUGCACAGAAACAGGAGGUAACAAAAAAGUGACAGAUUUCUUGUGCGAGCAAAUUGGGGUGAAAAAUUUAGUGUACUAUUUGCAUAAUAUGAUGAUAUAAUAUUUGCAUAACAUAUUGCACAAUCUGUGCUGUUCAUUUCCAAAUCUAAAAGAGGUAUUAGAUAGCAAGGUUUCAUUAAAAGAAUAAGGACUCAUAUAAGAUAAGUUCCCCCUUUUUUGUUGAGAACGUGAUGACUGUACUUUUGCCUACUUUAUUGCCUACAUCUUAUUGUCACUUUUGUUUUGUUUGUAGUUCGACAGUUUCUGGAAGGGAUGGGUAAAACUCUCUUCUUUCGCUCUGGGAACACACCUCUUGUUUUAAGCCAUGCGCAAGUUGAAGAACGCAAAAGAGGUUGGUACACGUAACUAAAAUUGCAUUAGCUAAUGGCCGAUUUGAACUUUUCAAGAUUGGCUGCUCAAAUUCCCCAUCCCCCCUUCUUGGUCAAAAUUGUGAUCAAAUGGAAUAGAAUUGUGAAAGAUACAUUCAUUUAUUCGUGACUUGUAAGCAGCUAACAGAUCUGGAGAGUUCGUAACUUCAGUUUUUUUCCUACUAGGUUUUUACUCUGAGCUGACUUUGCUUGUUUUAUCCGAUAAUUCAUUUUUUUGGCUCUGAAUUACUUCUCACUCUAUUCAUAGUUCAGAGACAGAGGCUCAGAACACUAUUACAAGAAGGCCAAGUUCCUGUUUCACAGCUGCCAAACCUUGAUGCUGGACACGGCGGUUUGUAUUCUUUACACGCCCAACAAGAGCAUACUUCAGAACAGCAGCCUGCAUCCCAAGAGGUGGGGGCUAGCAGCGCUGAAGGUAUGGUUGAUGACUGA